AAACAGCCCGAGCAAGAUGUCGAAACAAUGCUCUCCCAGUGCUCGGCUGGAUGUAUAAACUGAGAAUUUCAGUCUCCACAUCUGCUAUGCGCUCCGCAAGGCCAGAUAUCCCCGCCAAAAUAUAUAGAACAUGACGUCCUCUGAACAAUGGGGGACUUUCCUCCGACAAUGUUUGCUCCACCGGAUCGAUGCCACCGAGUUCAAAAGUCUCACGCGGCUGCUCUUGCAGCGAAGCCCCAUCACUGAGGCACCGCUGCUAAAUGUGCUGCUAGAGACUCGACUCGCGACAGGGAUUAAAUGGGAUCCGUUACUCCCACUCUAUAUUGACUGUCUCUGCAAGAUGGGCGUGGUGCAAACCUCCACGGUGCUGAAUUCUCUCCUUAAGUACUCAUCCAUCCAUGAUAAGCCACCAACUCCUGGCUCGGAGAUGGCGCAGAGCAGACAGAAACGGAAAUGUUAUACCCUAAUGACGGACAUUCGAGUCGUCCAGGAUGCUAUGCUUUCUGUCUCCACGGGCAGUGCGCCCAAGACUUUUUUGGAAGCUAUUGGUAUAUUUAACUCUAUUGUCGACUGGGUACAGGCUGUUGUAGCCUGGCACAAUAGCCAUAUGGAUGCAAGCCAUCAAACAGGGGGGCUGAUGUCUUCCCCUGAUGCUGUUUCGUUGUUCGAGUCGUUGGGAAUUUUGCUCGCUGCGUUGUCAGGGACUGCCAAGGGUCUGCAGGUUCUUUCUGCUGACUCCCAUGAAGCGUUGAAAAUCAAGCUUGGUCAGGCUCUGUCAGCAUACCUUCCUCUCUGUGUGGAAGUAUCGCUGCCGCUUCGUAACCGUCUGGAUGGCUUGCAGAAGGAGUUCAAUCUCUUUGGAGAGCCUCCAUCCAAGGCGUUGGACGUUUCCAUGAUGGAAAAUGUCAACGUGAACGCGCUUCAGUUCGAGGACUCGGUCAUGGAUGGGCCUAUGAUUAAUUCAAGAGCAGGUCUCUACGUUUAUAUAAACGCGAUGCUCGUGGGCCGCCCCCUGGUCGAUGAUAGUAUGCUGCUGAAUUUUCUCUCUAAUAGAUACGGGGGACACUAUCAAGUUCUCAUCGAAGAAAUCAUUACAGCUGCAUUCGAUGUCCUAUCAAAUGCCAGCUACCGCAGCGAGUCCAGCCGAUCAAUGUUUCUAUUACGUUCAUUCCUGGUGAACAAACUUCCCGCCUUUAUUGCGGCCAUGUUGGCCGCCUCCAUGGUGUCGUUGCCGAUGGAGCUUUGUAUCAGCCAUGCUUUGAGCCGGCUUGAUCCGAACACCUUUCCGUCUUUCUCGCAAAUGUUUGCCAUGCAGGGCAACACGGUUCUGUCCGAUGUGCGACAAGAGUUCUUGUUCGCUUGUGCCUCGCACAAGUUGAUCCCGGAGUCCAGCAUUGAGCGCCUAUUAGGGGAGAACCCGAUGCAGACCCUCCCUGUUGGGGGUCCGUAUCAUAAAGAUGAGCUUGUUUCACAAAUCAAUACCAACCCGGAGCGGGCAGAGCAGUUGAUUAAUGAGAUUGAAUCAAUGGAGGGCAACGCGGGUGCCAUCGUGGGUGCCAUCACAGACGUCAUGCACCAUCUCUGCAAUCAGAAAGAAACGAUGACAUUGAAGAACAUCUGUAAUUCGCUCUCCCGACGGACGCAGGCCCUGGAUGUGAUUCUGCUUUUCCGGAGCACAAAACAAAUACUGCAACCGCUUUGCGCUUUGCUAGAUGCCUGGCACUGGGACGAGGACCAGGGAGAGAGCCAGCCGGUCUACGACGAGUUUGGAAGUAUCCUCCUACUGGUGCUGACAUUCAAGUUCCGAUACGAUUUGCGACCGCAUGACAUGGGAAUCGGUGGUAACAAUUCCUUCGUGCUGCGACUGCUCGAGAAUGGCUUCUGCAGUCAGAAGCUUGAUGAUCUCAGCGAGAAGCAGAACAAGAAUCUUGGCGCGUGGAUCAACGCUCUAUUCAUGGCUGAAGGUAUCAGCGAGGAAACCAUGUCGACUUGCAGUCCGCAAGAAUUCUACCUCCUCGUAAGUACGCUUUUCAACCAGAGCUUGGGGGCAUGUGAAGCGGGAAAGCUAGAGUUUGAUACACUCAAGGGAGGCUUCGAAUACCUUCUGGAGCCUUUUCUCCUCCCGUCGCUCAUCUUGGCCUUGAAUUGGCUGGGCAACCACAUCUGGGAGACAGAAAGUGACCCGUCAAUCCCACUCAAGACGCUACAGUCGCUAGUAAACCCCAGCUCGAUAUCUGGGGAAGCGAAAGAAAUCCACCGGACCGUGCUGAACAUCACCGCCCGCUCUUUGGAGGAGCAGCUUAAGGGUAUCCGAUCACGGCAACCAGAAGAUAUCAAACCGAUCCUGGAUGCACUUGAGCCAUGCCUGUCCUUCCAGCGAAGUGGCAGUUGCCACCGCAGCGAGCUGGAGCCCUGGACCAGCCAUACCCCCGGGGGUUUGUUAGCCAGCAUCCGAAGCACCUUCCAGUCGCUGCUGCUAUGGAGUACAAGCCCAGGCAUGAGCAUGGCACCCCAGACAUACACACACCGACAGCUCCUCGCCGGCAUCCAAAUCCAAGGGUCAGCCCGCGUCUUGACAACCAUCAUCGAUGAAUUGAAGCUACAGACCGAGACAGGUAACGGCGACGUAGCCCUGGAUGUCGCAGCUACAAUAAUCUGCGCACCACUUGCUGAAUCCUUUGCCGUGGACCAGAACAAUCAUUCCCACCACCCCAUCGACCCUAGUAAGGAGCCCUUGUCCCGGUGUCCAAUCCUCACCCUCCGGGGUGCUCUCUUCAUCCAGCACGAACACGUCCCCAAAAUCUCCGAGAAAGACCCAUUACGCGCAGAGGUUAUCGUCCGCCUAUACCGACGGGUGAACGCGCUCAUGACGCCGCCAUCCCAGGUCCCCAACCUGGACAUGAACAACAUCAUUCAAACCAUGCAGUUAGGCGUUGGCGGCCCAGGGCAGAUGGACCUCGAGCAAUCCGGCCCAGGUGGACACGACGAUAAUAUCAACCAGAUGCUAGAUAACGCGGCGGCCGCGGCUGCCGCGGGAAUGGACGGUAGUCAGAGUAUGGGAGGGAUGGGUAACAUGGGCCUCGAGUCGACAGGUGGAGGACUGGACACGAGCAUCGACGAUGUGCUGAACGCGGCUGAUAUGGCGGUUGGGAAUCCCGAGUUUUUGGAUUUGGAUAUGGAGGGAUUAUUCUAGUUGAUUUACUAGUGUAUAGUUCCAAUCAUAAGCGAAG